AAAAAAUGGAAGCCAUCGUCUUCGUGCCCUAAGAAAAAAAGGAAGGAUUCAUCUGAAGAAGAAGAUGAUGUUACGAAGAUUGAUUCCUCUUCAUCGAAAAGAUUUCACUUUGAUUCAGCCUCGUACUGCUAAUCCAUACGAGUUCUUGUCUUCCGCCUUCUCUGUUGUCAGUGAUGGUAGAGUUUCGUACUCAGAGAGAUUGAGAAGUGGUCUCGUCGAUGUCAAGAAGGAUGAUGCUGUUGCUCUGUUUCAGUCCAUGGUUCGGUCUCGUCCUCUUCCUACUCUCAUAGAUUUCAACAGAUUGUUUACUGCAGUAGCCAAAACAAAACAGUAUGAUCUCGUUUUAAGUCUGUGCAAGCAAAUGGAACUGAAAGGGAUUGAGUUUGAUCUCUACACUCUCAACAUUACAAUCAAUUGCUUCUGCCGUCGUAGUAAGCUCGGUUUUGCCUUUUCUGUUUUGGGGAAGAUGUUGAAACUUGGGUAUAAGCCCAACACAGUCACAUUCUCUACUUUGAUUAACGGUUUAUGUCUCAAGGGUCUAGUUUCCCAAGCUGUGGAGUUAGUUGACCGUAUGGUGGAAAUGAAGGUUAUACCAAAUCUUAUUAUACUUAACAUUAUUGUCAAUGGACUUUGUCUCAAAGAUAGAGUAUCUGAAGCUAUGGCUUUGAUAGAUCGGAUGGUGGAUAAUGGAUGUCAACCCAGCGAAGUUACUUAUGGUCCUAUUUUGAACAGAAUGUGCAAGUCAGGGAAGACUGCCUUGGCCUUGGAUCUGCUCAGAAAGUUGGAAGAUAGAAAGAUCAAGCUCGAUGCUGCUAAAUACAGUAUCAUCAUUGAUAGUUUUUGCAAAGAUGGGAGUCUCGAAGACGCACUUAGCCUUUUCAAUGAAAUGGAAACCAAAGGUAUCAAACCAAAUGUCAUUACCUACAAUUCUCUCAUAGGUGGCUUCUGUCGUGCUGGAAGAUGGGAUGAUGGUGCACAGUUGCUGAGGGAUAUGAUAGAAAGGGAAAUCACCCCAAACGUUGUCACUUUCAGUACGUUGAUUGAUUGUCUUGUGAAAGAGGGAAAGCUUAGUGAGGCUAAAGACUUGUACAAUGAGAUGAUCACAAGAGACAUAGAUCCUGACACAAUUACAUUUAAUUCUUUGAUAUAUGGGUUGUGCAACGAAAAGCGCUUAGAUGAAGCCAACCAGAUGCUGGAUCUGAUGGUUAGCAAGGGAUGCGAUCCGAGUACCGUGACUUAUAGUAUCCUUAUAAACGGCUAUUGCAAGGCUAAACAGGUGGAUGAAGGUAUGAGACUUUUCCACAAAACGUCUUUGAGAGGAGUGGUUGCCGAUACAGUCUCUUAUAACACUCUCAUCCAAGGCUUUUGUCAAUCUGGAAAACUUAGUGUCGCCAAAGAACUCUUCCAAGAGAUGGUCUCUGAAGGUGUUCAUCCUAAUAUUAUGACUUACGGUAUUUUGCUGGAUGGGUUGUGUGACAAUGGAGAACUAGAAAAGGCUUUGGAAAUAUUUGAUCAGAUGCAGAAAAGUAAGAUGGAACUUGAUAUCGGUAUAUAUAGUAUCAUCAUUCACGGGAUGUGCAGUGCAAGUAAGGUCGAUGAUGCUUGGGAUCUAUUCUGUAGCCUCCCUCUCAGAGGAGUGAAGCCUAACGUCAGAACAUAUACUAUAAUGAUUGGAGGGUUAUGUAAGAAAGACUCGCUGUCUGAAGCGGUCCUCUUGUUUAGAAAGAUGGGAGAGGAUGGGGUUGCGCCUAAUAGUUGUACAUACAACACACUAAUACGAACUCAUCUCAGAGGCAGUGACAUAAGCAAUUCAGUUGAACUCAUCGAGGAAAUGAAGAGGUGCGGCUUCUCAGCAGAUGCUUCCACCAUAAAGAUGGUUAUGGAUAUGUUAGUGGAUGGAAAGGUGUGUAAAAUUUCAAGAUAGUAACUACAACUGAGCCAAACUUGCAAGAUUAAUGACUCCUUAGCACUGCGAUAGAUUUCAUGUGCUCCAAACACUUCCCCUGUUACACUUUUGUGUAUCUGUUAAUAUAUUCAAAUCUGUAUUCAAAAUUCUGAAGCUCUGCUAGAAAAGCUGAGGUGGUAAAGAGAAGAUCUCUGAGUCUUGACCAUAUAUAUUACUUGGAAUUGCUCCAUAUAUGAGGAUGCAAACCCAAUAUCCUGACAAAAUCAGAGUAUCAGGAAACUCAUUGCAAGUGGUCAUUCUCGUAGCACUCUCAAAGGUAAAGCCACAUCCAUGUCACCAAAACUGGAAGAGUAUAAGGAUUUGUCUAAUCGAUUGUAAGGUGGCAUCGAAAACAAAAAUCAUAGGCUCCAUCAUCAAGGACUGAACGGUCAUGAGCCACACCAUCUGGACCAUCAACAACCUCACAAAUUCCUGUUCCAUGCAUAAGCAACACUAUUGUCUCCCUCCCUUACCACUCUUUUCUGGCCUCACUGGUACCUGGUAACGUCAGAGCAUCAAAGCCCUGGCUGCUCGUGAGUUUCAUUCCCACCAACCUUCUUUUUUUUUACUUCUAAAUGAUUUUUUUUUUGUAUGUUUAUAUAGUUACA